AUGGUCUUAAAAACCCUACGACUUCCUGGAAACAACCUUACUGGGACCAUACCAACUGAGAUCGGAAAUGCAACCCAAGUUCAUGAGCUUGAUCUCUCUUCGAAUAAUUUAGCUGGCAUGAUCCCGAAGGCAUUUGGGAGACUCACUUCUUUGGUGAAGUUGAUGUUGAAUGGAAAUCACCUUUCGGGUCGUAUACCGUCAGAAUUCAGAUCAUUGACUGAUCUUGAAUAUCUUGACUUGUCUACAAACAAAUUCCAUGAGUCAAUUCCUGGCAUUCUAGGCCACUUGUUCAGAUUGCACUACUUGAAUUUGAGCAACAAGUUGGCUCAAGCAGUUCCACUUGAGUUGGGGGCGUUAGUUUAG